AUGGGGCAAGGGAGGAGGGACCCCGAAAGAGACCCGGAGAGAGGGGGGAGCCAAGGCCCGCGCUGUAAGGGAGGCGGGACGGGGCGGAGCGCCAGGCUGCUGCUCUACUUGGGCUGCCGGCCGGCGAGCCUCGCCAGUCAGAUCGGAUCGAACCGGAUCGCGAGCGAACCGAAGCUAGCGCAGCGCCGGAUCGUACCAGGCGACAUCAUGAGUUCCCCAGGCAGCCCCCCUGCCACCGAGGUGGACAUGAAAGACGUGGAGCUGAACGAGAUGGACAUGGAGAAGCAGCCCAUGAACGCCUCUUCCCCCCUGGCCGGCUCCCCAGGCGAGAAGAACGGGGUGGUGAAGGUGAAGGUGGCUGAGGAAGAGGAGGAAGGGGGCGAGGCGACGGCCAAGUUCACCGGCCUCUCCAAGGAGGAGCUGCUGGAGGUGGCCGGCACCCCCGGGUGGGUGCGCACCCGCUGGGCCCUCCUGGUCCUCUUCUGGCUGGGCUGGCUGGGCAUGUUGGCGGGAGCCGUUGUCAUCAUCGUGCAAGCCCCCCGCUGCAAGGACCUGCCCAAGCAGGAGUGGUGGCAGAAAGGGGGCAUCUACCGCAUCCAGAAAGUGGACGCCUUCCAAGACUCGGCGGACGACGGCACAGGCGACCUGGCAGGUCUGAAGCACCGGAUGGAUUAUUUGAGUUCGCUCAAAGUGAAAGGUUUGGUGGUUGGCCCUCUCCACGUCAACCCCGCAGACGACCAGGCUGGAACCGACCUCCAAGCUAUCGACGCGAAAUUGGGCACGUUGGCCGAUUUCCGGGAUGUCCUGCAGGCGGCCAAGAAAAAGAGCCUCAAGGUGGUCUUGGACCUGACGCCCAACUAUCAAGGCCAGUCCCCUUGGUUUGAUCAGGCCAUCCAAAGCAACACUGAUCUCCAGGACAAAAUGAGGGAAGCAAUCGAGUUCUGGAUGACGGAGGGUGUAUCUGGGAUCCAGAUCGGAAGUGUCGAGCUUUUAAAUGAUAUCCAGAUCCUAAAUGACUGGAAGAACUUGACCGAACAGUAUAACGCUGAAGGCCAUGCCAGGGUGCUGAUUGCAACGACACAUAAGCAGGACGCCAAGGGCAUCCUCUCCCUCCUCAACGAGACUACGGGUGUGGAUCUGCUGACCAGCCAGUACUUGCAGGGGCUGGUGAAACCUGGCGAAGGAAACGCUGCCACCACCAUGAUCAAGAACUACAUUCUAGCAGCUGGGGACAAGUGGCCUGCCUGGAGCGUGGGGAGACCUGAUGUUGGGCGCUUGACCAAUUCAAUGGGCGAGCAGGUUCUUCGCCUAUACCAUAUGCUGCUCUACACGCUCCAGGGGACCCCCUUCACCGAUUACGGCGAUGAAAUUGGGCUGCGGGACUUGCCGGGCAAGCCUGCAGCGUCCAAUCUCACUCUCAUGCAGUGGGACAAUACGGCCGAUUUUGGCUUCUCGAAAGGGGCGCAGCAGCAGCAGCAGCAGGGCAACAAGACAGCCAGCAAUGUCACAGUAGAGUCACAAAGCGUUAACGAGACGUCGCUCUUGAAGUUCUUCCGGCAGCUGAGUGAGCUGCGAGGGAAGGAGCGCUCCCUCCUUCACGGUGAAUUUUCCUGGGCUCAGAGCGGUAGCCCGGACGUCUUGGCCUACCUGCGGGUCUGGGACCAGAACAAACGCUACCUGGUGGUGCUCAACUUGGCUCCCACGGAGAACACCCUCACCAUAACGCACCCUCACCUCCCCACGGAAGUUGCCGUGGAGCUCAGCACGCAUCCAGAGCGGGAGAAGCAGCAGCUGAGUGUCAAAGACCUGAAGUUGGCUCCCUUGGAAGGCCUGAUGCUCACUUUUGUGUAUGUGGCCUAACUUCUCUUCAAACCCCACCCCCACUUCUGUUCUGGUGGUGGGAGCAGAAGGGGGCUCUGUGCUACUGUCCUUGUACGGAGGCAGCAUUUGAGCAGCUUUGACACCAUUCUCUCUCUCUCCUGUAUCAUCUUGAACUUUCUCAUGUGUUUCCUUUCUUCCCCUGCCUUCCUUCUUCCUUCGCUCUUUUGUACAUUCCUUGAUUUGCCAGUAUUUGUGGGGGAAGAGCCUCUGUAGCAGGGGUGGGGAACCCGCGGGCCUGCAGAUGCGGUUGGAUUCCAGCUUCCCUUAUCCAUGGCUGCCAGCCAUGUUGGCUGGGGCUGAUGGGAGUCCAAGAGCACCCGUAGGGCCACAAGUUCCCCCUACCGCUGCAUCAAUAGCAUAAAUGUCCCACCUUCUCCCCCCUGCCCCCCCCAUAAAGUGCAUUGUGUGGGUGGGUUUGUCCAGGAGGACAAUUCUGACAAUGGAUUCCAUGGUCAUUUCUACUUGUGUAUGUGGUCAUUUCAUUACUCCUAGACAAAUGUUCUGCCCUGAAAGGUGGUGAUCAUAGCUAUCUGCUUUUUUAAAAAAACCCAAACAACAUGCCCCAUGCCCUUUUAAGCUUUUGUAUUGACCUAAAUCGAAUGGAUGUUACUGCAGGGGCAUAGCAUGUGUGUAUGUGUCCCGUUCUCCAAUAUCAUCUCCCCCAACCCACAGCCUGGUUUCUUCCAGAUAAGUUGAAUCCUAACUCAUCUGGAGGGAACCAGGUUGUGGGGGAAAGCUGUCCCAAUACUGUUGAAGACUGGCAUGGAACAAAUGUAAUAAACUUCUCUCUCUGC